AAUGCUAUAAUUUUAUUAAUUUUCACAUUUUUUGAUUCCCCCUUAAUGUGGAAGCAAUAUUUUUAAUUUUAAGCAUGUGUAUUGUUCAAAUGUUUGUCGUGUAAUCUUAAAUUGUUGUCAUUUCCACAUCAAUUAACUACUAUAAAUUAUGAGUAUGAUAUUGUGUACUCUAAAUGUAUUAUCUCGAACGCGCAAUCCUGCCAAUUUGUCCGAAAAUUUAAAAGUUGAUGAAACGUUCUGGGGCUAGCCGAUGCUGGGUUGUUAAAAUUUACUUAUAAAAUAUUGUUGUUCAAAAUAAAAACAUCUUUUACACACGUUCUGUAAAUAUCGUUUUUGUUGAAAGUGUAAUAAAUUGUGCUAAAUGGUAUUGUCCACUCGUCAGUUACUUAAAGCCUUGUUGCCUAUAAAAUCAGGUACACAGUAGUAGUCUGUCGAACAUCGUUUGGAGCAACUCUAUUCACUGUCCGCACGAUGGUGUCUGAUCCGAUAAUCAAUCAGAAACAUCCGCUAUCGGAGGAUGAUGAGAAUUUUGUGACUAAAAAACUAUGUAUAGAACCAAAGGUCAAAAGAAAAAAAUGUGCUAUAUUAUUGGCAUACUCUGGACAAGGAUAUUUAGGUUUACAGAGAAAUAAGGGUGUAAAGACAGUUGAAGAAGAGCUGUUGCUUGCAUUAAAAUCAAAAAAUUUAAUUACUGAUGAAGGUUUUGAACAAAUUCAAACUAUGCAAUUUCAACGUGCUGCUAGAACUGACAAAGGAGUAUCUGCUCUAAGACAAAUAAUUUCACUUUUAUUACCUGAAGAUGUAGAUAAACAAGUUAUUAAUACAGCUUUACCAGAACAAAUUAGGGUUCUUGACAUCAGAAGAGUAACGAAAGGUUUCAACAGUAAAAAUUCUUGUGAUGGACGAACAUAUUCAUACACAUGUCCAACUUUUGCUUUUGCACCAUCAGAAGCUACCAUAGAUUUUAAUUAUAGGAUUGAUGCCACUGUUGUUAAUAGAAUAAAUGAAGUUGUCAAGAGUUUCUUAGGAUGUCACAACUAUCAUAAUUAUACUUCUAAAAAAAAACCAGGUGAUCCAAGUGCACAAAGGUACAUGGUUAGUUUUUACUGUGAUAAGCCAUAUGAAAAAGAUGGUGUUGAAUUAAUAUCACUGUAUGUUAGAGGACAAAGUUUUAUGCUGCAUCAGAUUCGUAAAAUGGUUGGUGUGAUUAUUGCUAUUUGUCGAGGUGUAGCAAAGCAUGAUGUGAUUGAACGUUCUUGGCAACCUGAUCGUCUUGAUUUACCUAUCGCUCCAGGUUUAGGUUUGGUAUUAGAAGAAGUGCAUUAUGACAAAUAUAAUUCAAAAUUUGGUAAUGAUGGCAUGCAUGAGCGUUUAGAUUUUGUUGAGCUCAAUGAUCAAGUAUCUGAAUUUAGAGCCAAGUACAUAAUUCCAACCAUUAUCAAAGUAGAGAAAGAAGAGAGCUCUAUGCAAUUAUGGCUUGAACAGCUACCAUUACAUACAUUUGAAGUACGUACAGAGCAUCGUCACUUACGAACAGAUGUUAACGAAAUAAAUAGUCCAGGAUUAGCAUCUUUACAAGCGGCUGCUGAAUUAAUUGAAAAAGAGGAACAGCAUGCUAAUGAUAUUAAUGGAGAAGUACCGCCUGAUAACCUUUCAACACUUGCAGAUGCUGCUCAAGCGAUGAGUUCAGAAAAUAAUUAAAUUUGUAAGUUGAUUGAAAAAGGAGUGUACUACAUUAUUACUAGUAUAUAUACAUUUUUGUAUUAAUGAAUGGUAGCAUCUAGUUUGAAAAAAAAAACAAUUCACCAAUACGUCAGAUAAUUAAUAAAAAUAAUAACAUCUUAAUAAUAAAUUAAUAUUCUACAACUCUAGUAUGUUUAAAUGCACUAAAUUAAAAUAACACUUCUAAUUUGAAUCAAUAUCAUCAGUAAUUGGUAACUAAUACGAUUAAGAACAAACAUUCAUUAAAACAGCUAAAUUGAUUAAAAUUGGAUCAUGUAACAUCAUAAUUUAAUUCAUUCCAAAAUUAAAUUAGAAAAUAUAAAUUACUCAAUUUUGAUAAGUACAGAUUUCAAAUGCCCAAAAUAUUAGUAUUCUACUGUUAAGUUUCCAUUUUUUUUUAUUGAGAAGUAAGAAAAAUAUGUAUUUACAGUAUUAUUCUUAGGUGAGGCUUCUUGGGACUAGUCCAUCAAGUGUUGAAUUUCUGGUAUUCUUAUGUCUUAAUGAAUUCUUCUUAACUAUUACUCACAAAAGUUUUAAUGUGCUUAAAUGCAAAUUAAAAAGAUUACCUCGGUUUGAAAAAUUUCCCAAUUGAUAUGGGGUUUUAUUUUGAUAAAAUUUGAAUUCCCAUUAAAAAUUGAAGAAUAAAUACAAUUACAUCUAUGACCUAUAUCAAUAGCAAUUGAUUCUCAGUUGCUGAACAUGGAAAUUUAUUUUGUUUUGGAAUUUGGGUGCCAAUUAUCAUUAGAAAAUAUGUACUAUUUGGCAGAUAUUUGAAAAUGAAGUCAAAAUACACUUGUUUUAUCUCCUGCUAUCAAUAUAAUAAUUUCUUUCUUUUUAGUAAUCACUUAUCAAUUACUAAUUAUAAUUAUUGAUCUGUAUUGAAAUGUAAUAUAUUUUAUGAAUAUUAGAUAUUGUGCGGGUAAUAAGUA